GGAGGGGGCGGGGGGGCGGGGAGAGACCCGCGAGGGGAGGCGGCCGGCAUGUUGCAGCCGCGGCGGCCGCCCGCCGGCCUCGUCGCCAGCUGCGCCCGCGCCGCGCGCCUCGGCCCGCGCCCGCCCGCCGCCGCCGCCGCCCCCCCCGGUAGCGGCUCCGGCUCCGGCGGCGCGGCGGGGGGCGGCGCGGCGCGGCGCGGCCUGCUGGGCCUGCUGGCGCGGCAGUGCAGCUACGUGACGGGGCAGCGGGCGCGGCGGGCGCAGCAGGCCUGGCAGCGCGGCGGCGGCGGCGGCGGCGACGGAGCGGCGGAGCGGGCGCGGCGCGGGCUGUGGCGGGGGCUGCUCCGCGGCCGCUCCUCCUCCUCCUCCUCCGCCGCCGCCGCCGUCGCCGGCCGCCUCAUGGCGGCCCUCGCCGGUGUCUUCGUCUGGGACGGGCAGCGCAUCGAGGAGGAGGAGCUGCAGCGAUCUGCACAAGAGAUGAAGCACAUGGAGAACAUAUCCAGCCUCUUUCACGGCAGCACCCCAGACGACUAUCCGAGGCUAGAGUCCAAAUCGGAAAGAGAAGCGGUGUCCGCUUCGGGGGAGCAGCCCUGGGAGAUGAUCAUGGACAAGAAGCACUUCAAGCUCUGGAGGCGUCCCAUCAAGGGCACCCACUUGUAUCAGUACCGAGUAUUUGGAACAUACACAGAUGUGACUCCCAGGCAGUUCUUCAACGUCCAGCUGGACACUGAGUAUAGGAAGAAGUGGGACUCGCUGGUCAUCAAGUUGGAUGUCAUUGAGAGAGACCUGGCCACUGGUUCAGAAGUGAUUCACUGGGUAACUCACUUUCCGUACCCUAUGUACUCACGAGAUUACGUAUAUGUUCGGCGGUACAGCGUAGACAAAGAGAACAAUAUGAUGGUACUAGUGUCACGGGCAGUGGAGCACCCAAGCGUCCCAGAAGAUCCCGAGUACGUUCGGGUCAGAACCUACGAAUCUCAGAUGGUCAUCCGUCCGCACAAAACGUUUGAUGAGAACGGUUUCGACUACUUGCUGACAUACAGCGACAACCCACAAACCGUGUUCCCACGCUACUGCGUCAGCUGGAUGGUCUCGAGCGGCAUGCCGGACUUUCUGGAGAAGCUGCACACGGCCGCCCUGAAAGCCAAGAAGAUGGAGAUCGAAGUGCGGGACUAUAUGUCGGCCAAGCCCCUCGAAAGCGGCGGCGGCGAGGGGAAAGCGAGCGUCUCGAGCGCCGAGCACAAGAGCGAAGGCACCUGCAGCCCGGCCCAGCUGGAGUACGCCUGAGGGGCCCCCGCCGGUGCCGCGGCCCCCGCGCUUCGAGCCCCGGGGGUCGGCAGAAGGACCUGUGAUGUGCAGCCACUGGAGCUUAGUUUGGCUUUUUUCCCCCCCCCCUCGUCUCCAAAGCUCCGCUUCCUCCCGCCGGGUAGCCUGAGGAUGGGGGUGGCGGUCCUGCCCCCCGCGUGAUGCGUGUCCGUGGCCAGGCCGAUGAAGUGUAAUGUCGUGUAAUCACCUUUCUGUACCAUAUAUAUUUUUUUCCCCCCGAUAGGAAGGAAUACCAUAGAAACACCUCUUCCGUUGCGGCGCGGACGGCGUCUCUCCAUCCUCGGCCCGAUCCCUCCUUUUCUCGUCUUUCUUUGGACUCCCGGACCCAAACGUUGCUGGGUCCAGCAAACCGCCACGGCCAGUACCGCCCCGCGACGUCCCACUUGCUUUUCCGACGCCGCCUCUCCGGUCUCGGCAGCGCUGCUAAUUCACCGCGCUCCCAUCGGCGGCGGCGGGAGGCGGCGGCGGUCACCGCCGCGGCACCGAGCGUCGGUUCGGCUUCGCCGUGGAGCCGGGGGGGCCGCUCUGCCGCCCAAGUGCCUUGCUCUCGGGGUGACUCGGAGCCCCCGCCGGCCUCGGCAGUGCGGCGACGGCUUUGCCGUCGUUUUGCCGGCAAAAGACCCUUCGACACGUCGCUGCCCCUGGGAGCGGCGGGGGUCGCGGCGGGGGGAUUUGGCGUUGCUCGGGUGGGAGGCCUGAACUAGAACUGCGUAAACUGGGGCGAAUACGACCUUGGGGUGGUUUUGGGGGUUUUUUUUUAGCUGUUGUUUCUUGCUCGUGGGAUCAGCGAGCGCCUUUCUGCCACGACUAACCGGGGGACUGAAAGCUGCUUCCUGGCGAUGGCUCGCGCGGCCACCGCGGCUCUCGGCGGGAUCGGGGGGACUCUGACCCUCCUCGACGGGGCCGAUCCUCGGCGAAGCGGGGGACGGGGGGGGAUGGAGGAAUCUGUAUGACUGGCAAAAAUAUUAAUAAAUCAUCUGUCAUAGCAACAGCCAAACUA